AUGUCGCUGUGCAGAGAUGCCAAAUUUCAAGAUCUCAAAGCAUUCGUCGAUAGUCACGAAAAGGAGCAGCUAAGCAUCUACCAACAAUUGCUCAACGAUCCUGAACGUUUCAAUAAAUACACGCGUUCUAUUGACACUCCUGAUGGUCGCGUGUUGUUCGACUUCUCCAAACAUCGGAUUACUGAUACUUCAUUCGCCAAGUUGAUCGAUGUUGUAAGUAUACUAGUUCAUUUAAGAUAA